UUUUCAACGAAGAAGGAAACAAAUCCCGAGUCUGUCGGUUUCAACAAGAGUUGUGAAAAUGCGUGGUUGCUAACUACGAUUUUCUUUUAUCACGACUUGAUUUUUUUCUUUAUGUAAUAACGACAUAAAAGUCAGACACGUAAGAAUAUAUAUAUAUUUUUUUACCGAUUUUUGUAAACAUUGUCUAGUCAACUAGUAAUAUACCGUUGCGUAUCAAAUGUAUUUCCGACACUGUGUUGCUAACGGGUUGCUAACCAGCUAGCUAACGUUAGCCAUGCUACCUAUCUAGCUUGUAUUAACACGAAAACUACUGGAAUAAUAACAACAAACAAACAAAAACGCUGUUUAAUUCCAUCUAUUUAACUCGUAAAAUGUACCACUUGAAUCGUCGACUUUUGGUUGACAAACCGUUUUUAAGUUAGUGAGUUUGGUUGCUAACCAGCUAGCUAACGUUAGCCAUGCUACCUAUCUAGCUUGUAUUAACACGAAAACUACUGGAAUAAUACCAACAACAACACCCAAACAAACAAAAACGGUGUUUAAUUCCAUCAAUUUAACUCGUCCAAAAAAAAAUUGAAUCGUCGACUUUUGGUUGACAAACCGUUUAUAAGUUAGUGAGUUUGGUUGCUAAGUGGUUAGCCUAGCCUAGCCACAUCACAACAUAACCACUUGACAGCCUGCCAGCUAACUAACUACCGUAAAGACGGUUACCGGUCUCACUUCUACAAACUUAACAGUUAUGGAAGAUAAAUAACCAACUCCAAAUGUAACCUUUUUAAUUAUAUUUAAACUAAAAAUUUUAAUUAAAAAUGUCAGCCAGUGGUUUCUCCGACUUGAGGGAAAAGCUGAAGUCCAUGACUCCUCACCGGGACAAUUAUAAAAACAGAGUUACCGGUAAGGACGACAGUUACAAAAACAGAAAAGUUAAAGUUACCGACGGAGGUAACAGUAACGGGAACGGCCGGAAGCGGAAGCACCGAGAUUCCUCCGAGGAUGAGGUGGAACACAGUGAUCCUGCGGAGUCCCGUGAACAGGAGGCGAGGCGUGUCCAGAGUGGCAUUGUUCAGGUAGAGGUCUUCUCUAAAGAGGACUGUGACGUCAUCGAGGGUAAGAUAAAUGAGGUGGUUGCUAACGGAGAAGCGGGGCUUUACCGGGAACACACCGUAGAUCGGGCACCGCUACGGAACAAAUAUUUCUUUGGAGAGGGCUAUACAUACGGGGCCCAGCUAGAGAAGAGAGGACCUGGUCAGGAGAGAUUGUACCCUAAAGGAGAGGUGGACGACAUCCCGACCUGGGUUCACGACCUCGUCAUCACUAAACUGGUCGCCAGCGGGGUCGUACCUGAAGGUUUUGUGAACUCGGCGGUGAUCAACGACUACCAGCCAGGCGGCUGCAUCGUGUCGCACGUCGACCCGCUUCACAUCUUCGCCCGGCCGAUCGUAUCCGUGUCCUUCUUCUCGGACUCGGCCCUCUGCUUCGGCUGCCGCUUCCAGUUUAAACCAAUCAGAGUGUCCGAGCCCGUCCUGGAGCUUCCUGUCAGGAGAGGAAGUGUUACUGUCCUCAGUGGCUACGCGGCUGAUGACAUCACCCACUGUAUCCGCCCCCAGGACAUCAAGGAGAGACGGGCCGUCAUCAUCCUCAGGAAGACGAGGCCGGACGCCCCCCGUGUAGACCAGAGCCCCUCCCCUAACCCCUCCCCCCCUGAGAGACACACUCCUCUGAAGGCCAAACGCUCUCACCGCAGAGCUGACCCAGACGCUGCACACAGACCGAGGGUUCUGGAGAUGGAUAAAGAGGAGAAUCGUCACUCUUCCUCUUCGUCCCGCCUUCAUCGCCGUAGCAACAGCUCCGAGAACUACCGGAGGCGGAGCCAAGACGGCGACGGGUCACGCAAGGUCAAGAUGAGACGUCACUGAAACACACCUGGCGGACUGGAUGGCCUCAGAGAGAGAGAGAGAGAGUGUGUGUGUGUGUGUGUGUGUGUGUGUGUGUGUGUGUGUGUGAGAGAGGGCGUUGGAACGUCACUCUGUUAAAUCCCCCCCCUGCAUGCUAGGAUGGAUGGAACACGCCACGAGGCUAUCAGCCAAUCAGAGACUGACCUGAGGACAUGGGGUGGGGUUUACAGUAAGACUGUGGGAAGUUCUGUUGUUGCCGUGCCGACCACCCCGUUCCCCCCCACUUCCUCUGUGGAGAGGAGAGGAAAUGGUGUUUCUAUAGGAACUUCCUCCUCCAUGCUUCAUUGGUCAAAGACCCUAUGGGGAAAUUAAAGGGUGUUUCUGUAGGAACUUCCUCCUCCUUGCUUCAUUGGUCAGAGACCCUAUGGGGAAAUGAAAGGGUGUUUCUAUAGGAACUUCCUCCUCCUCUGUGCUUCAUUGGUUAGAGACCCUAUGGGGAAAUGAAAGGUGUUUCUAUAGGAACUUCCUCCAUGCUUCAUUGAUCAGAGACCCUAUGGGGAAAUGAAAGGUGUUAAUAUAGGAACUUCCUCCAUGCUUCAUUGAUCAGAGACCCUAUGGGGAAAUGAAUGUUUUUUUUUGGGGGGGGGGGAUAUAUAAAAUAAGGUCUGAUAAACAUUUCGUUUUUUUAAUUUAAAAAAGAACAUAUAAAGGUCCUGUUAACUGACUGAUAUUAACGUAGAAACACAACAUAUAGACUUCAUAAUUCAUAAAGGUCCUGUUACUUGACUGAUAUUAACAUAGAAACACAACAUAUAGACUUCAUAAUUCAUAAUGGUCCUGUUACCUGACUGAUAUUAACAUAGAAACACAACAUAUAGACUUAAUAAUUCAUAAAGGUCCUGUUACCUGAAUGAUAUUAACGUAGAAACACAACAUAUAGACUUCAUAAAUGUUACGUUACCUGACUGAUAUUUAUCAUAGAAACACAACAUAUAGACUUCAUAUUUCAUAAAGGUCCUGUUACCUGACUGAUAUUAACGUAGAAACACAACAUAUAGACUUCAUAAUUCAUAAAGGUGAUGUUACCCGACUGAUAUUAACGUAGAAACACAACAUAUAGACUUCAUAAUUCAUAAAGGUGAUGUUACCCAACUGAUAUUAUCUCAGAGAACAAAAGGUACAAGACUUCCUCAGCCUGUGUUGACCUCAGAUCUUAUUUUAAAGAGUUUAUCCCAAAACCCCCAUUAUUUCCCUGUUCGUUUUUCCCCCAUUAGGAAUGGGCUGAACGAACCAGAGGGAAAGUCAUUUUCCCCCAUUAGGAAUGGCCCAGAGGGGAAGUCAUUUCCCCCAUUAGGAAUGGGCUGAACGAACCAGAGGGGAUGUCAUUUCCCCCAUUAGGAAUGGCCCAGAGGGGAAGUCAUUUCCCCCAUUAGGAAUGGGCUGAACGAACCAGAGGGGAAGUCAUUUCCGGGUUUUAGGACUAUAAGCUGGCCAGAUCUUUCCCCCGUAGGGUUUGUCCGUUUAGUAUCUGUUCCUUGGUCAGUGAUAUCUACCCCCUAUAACCCUGUCACCUGGUCCAUUAUAGGGGUUAAUAUCUGUUCCUGGGUCAGUGUUAUCUACCCCCUAUAACCCUGGUCCCAUUAUAGGGGUUAAUAUCUGUUCCUGGGUCAGUGUUAUCUACCCUCUAUAACCCUGAUCCCAUUAUAGGGGUUAAUAUCUGUUCCUGGGUCAGUGUUAUCUACCCUCUAUAACCCUGAUCCCAUUAUAGGGGUUAAUAUCUGUUCCUGGGUCAGUGUUAUCUACCCUCUAUUACCCUGAUCCCAUUAUAGGGGGUAAUAUCUGUUCCUGGGUCAGUGAUAUCUACCCUCUAUAACCCUGAUCCCAUUAUAGGGGUUAAUAUCUGUUCCUGGGUCAGUGUUAUCUACCCUCUAUAACCCUGAUCACAUUAUAGGGGUUAAUAUCUGUUCCUGGGUCAGUGUUAUCUACCCCCCUAUAACCCUGAUCCCAUUAUAGGGGUAAUAUCUGUUCCUGGGUCAGUGUUAUCUACCCCCCUAUAACCCUGUCACCUGGUCCCAUUAUAGGGGUUAAUAUCUGUUCCUGGGUCAGUGAUCUCUACCCCCUAUAACCCUGGUCCCAUUAUAGGGGUAAUAUCUGUUCCUGGGUCAGUGUUAUCCGUCGCUGUGGUCCAGAGCGUUAGUACCUGGGCUUUCCUCUACUAAACCGCCUGUAUCCAUGUUACCCUGAUUUAAAUCAUAAGACACAGUAGAGUGAAGGGGGAAACGUCUACAGUGGUAACAGCCCUGGACCAGAGCUAUGUCUUCCUCUAGUUUCUCUAAGGUCCCCCCCAGUCGUCCCCCCUGGUCCCUCGUCCUGGUCCCCCCGCCCUGGACCAGAGCUAUGUCUUCCUCUAGUUUCUCUAAGGUCCCCGUCCCCCCUGGUCCCCCCGUACCUGGUCCCUCGUCCUGGUCCUCCCCCCGGUCUCCCCCGGUCCCUCGUCCCCCCUGGUCCUCGUCCUGGUCCCCCGUCCCCCCUCGUCCCUGGUCCCUCGUCCUGCAUGUUACGUUGUUACUCCAGCCACGACUUGUUAUUUCAGUCACAUCUUACGUUGACUUUCCCCCCCAUUUGGUUGAUGAUUGACAGUGUGUGAUAUCAUGUGUUUAUUUAGUUUUUUAUUUCUGUUGGUUUAUAUUUUGUUAGUUUGGCUGACGGACGGACGGGGAUGAGGGGUGGGGGGGGGGGGGGGGGUACGGAGAGGAGGAAGAGGAGGAAGAGGGCUCGUUCUCCUUGUGGACCGAUACACGUUAACAUAAAAUGACAGUAGCUGUCUAUUCACAGACUGUUGGAUUUCGCGACCUGCGAAUCCGCGAAUAAAUCACCAAAUUCACAGGUGCUGAUUUGGGCUCGUAGAUUUAAUGGAACGUUUUUUUUCAUUUAUAGAGUCCCUCAGAACUUAAUUGAUCAUCUGACGUAAUUAAAUUACACUGGAUUUUUUUUUCACGUUCGGUCGCCAAAACGUUUUGUGGAACGUAGCAGAUAGAAAUGUCACGUAUAGAUCCAAACCCGUAAUUCCUUUCAUUCUAUGUCUGUCAGAGAGAGGCGUGUUUUGUUCUACAUAGCGUAAUUUCUAUCCGAACUGCUUUUUUCGGUCACACACACACACGUUACGUCCCGCUGUAACCGUGGUAACCGUGUCGACCCGGUCAGUCAAACUUUCUGUUGCAUAUAUUCUAGAAAAUAUAUAUCUAUGUUAUUAUCUCUUUAAAAAAUAAAAAAAAUUCAGCUCAAACGGCAUCCUAUUCCCUAGGUAGCGCACUACUACUGGCCAGAGGGUCAGCCACCUAAUCCGAUGCUAUUGGUCCACGUACAUCGUGGUUAGCUGAUGUUAUUGGUCCACGUACAUCAUGGUUAGCUGAUGUUAUUGGUCCACGUACAUCACGUGGUCCCGUGUGGCUCAGUUGGUAGAGCAUGGUGUUUGCAACGCCAGGGUUAUGGGUUCGAUUCCCACGGGGGGGACCAGUACGGAGAGAAAUUUUUUUUUUAAUGAAAUGUAUGUAUUCACUACUGUAAGUCGCUCUGGAUAAGAGCGUCUGCUAAAAUGACUAAAAUUACUCAAAUGUAAAAUGUAAUGUUUAGCGGAUGUUAUUGCGAGUGUAGCGAAAUGUUUGUGCUUCUAGAUCCGACAGUAACGAAUUACACGACAAAAACCUUAAUAUUUAACAAAUUACACGACAACCUUAAUAUCUAACAAAUUACACGACAAAAACCUAAAAUUCUAACAUUCUAACAUAUUACACGACAAAAACCUUAAUAUCUAACAAAUUACACGACAAAAACCUAAAAUUCUAACAUUCUAACAUAUUACACGACAAAAACCUUAAUAUCUAACAAAUUACACAACAAAAACCUUAAUAUCUAACAAAUUACACGACAAAAACCUUAAAAUCUAACAAAUUACACAUCAAAACCUAAUUAACUCAAAACAUGGUGACUAAAGUAGUGCACUAUAAUAGGGAAUAGGGCCCUGGUCUAAAGUAGUGCACUAUAAUAUAGAAUAGGGCCCUGGUCUAUAGUAGUGCACUAUAAUAGGGAAUAGGGCCCUGGUCUAAAGUAGUGCACUAUAAUAGGGAAUAGCGUGCCAGCCCUGGUCUAUAGUAGUGCACGAUAAUAGGGAAUAGGGCCCUGGUCUAUAGUAGUGCACUAUAAUAGGGAAUAGGGCCCUGGUCUAUAGUAGUGCACUAUAAUAGAGAAUAGGGUCCUGGUCUAAAGUAGUGCACUAUAAUAGGGAAUAGGGUGCCGUUCGGGACUGGGCUGAUCUCUUUAGUUUGUGUCUGUUGAGAUGCCAUGAUGAUGAUGAUGAUGAUGAUGAUGAUGACAUUGUAUGUAACAUUGUUUGUAAAAGAUGUACAGUUUAAAGACAUUAUGAACAUUAA